AUGGCCGCCCCUUCCGCCGAGAGGCUCAACGAGCUCAAGAAGCAAUACACCGAAGCGGGACAGGAGCAGGUGUUUACAUUCUACGAUGACCUCUCCGCCUCGGAACAGCCCGAGCAUGAAGAGACCAAGACGGGCCUGGAGCCCCUCCCCCAGACCGCCACCGCGAGCAUCCUCGACUCCGCCAAGGAAGACAUUGCGACGUGGUACGACUUGGGUCUCGACCUCAUCUCUCAAAAUAAGGUGGCCGUUGUCCUCAUGGCCGGCGGCCAGGGAACCAGGUUGGGAAGCUCCGCCCCCAAGGGCUGCUUCGAUAUCGGCCUGCCCUCGCACAAGAGUCUGUUCCAGAUCCAAGCCGAGCGUAUCCGCAAGGUCGAGGAGCUUGCUGCCAAGAAGUCGGGUAGCACCGCCGUCGUGCCCUGGUACGUCAUGACGAGUGGCCCGACCCGGGGCCCCACCGAGGCCUUUUUCAAGGAGAACAACUACUUUGGUCUCAAGGCUGCCAACGUCUUCAUCUUCGAGCAGGGUGUUCUCCCUUGCAUCUCCAACGACGGCAAGAUCUUGCUCGAGUCCAAGUCCAAGGUGGCCGUGGCCCCCGACGGCAACGGUGGAAUCUACCAGGCCCUCGUCGUCCAGGGUGUUCUUGACGACAUGCGCAAGCGAGGCAUCGAGCACAUUCACGCCUACUGCGUUGAUAACUGCCUAGUCAAGGUGGCCGAUCCCGUCUUUGUCGGCUUCUCCGCCUCCAAGAAGGUCGACAUCGCCACCAAGGUCGUGCGUAAGCGAAGCGCCACCGAGUCCGUCGGUCUUAUCCUCCUGAAAAAUGGACGCCCCGAUGUUGUAGAGUACUCCGAAAUUGACGAGCAGACCGCCUCCGCCGAGGACCCCAGCAGCCUGGCCUUCCUCGAGACCAUCCCCCUCUGGGCUCACAAGCUCCCCCACCACAUCGCCCGCAAGAAGAUUCCCUGCGUCGAUGUCGCCACCGGAGAGGGUGUCAAGCCCGCCAAGCCCAACGGUAUCAAGCUUGAGCAAUUCGUCUUCGACGUCUUCCCCAUGCUCGAGCUCAGCAAGUUUGCCUCCUUGGAGGUCAAGCGCGAGGACGAGUUCUCGCCUCUCAAGAACGCGAGCGGCACUGGUGAGGAUGACCCCGAGACUAGCAAGCACGACAUCAUGGACCAAGGGAAGCGCUGGGUGGAAGCUUCUGGUGCCAUUGUCGAGGGAGAAACCGCCGAUAUUGGCGUCGAGGUGUCGCCACUUUUCAGCUAUGGUGGUGAGGGUCUGGAGAAACUCAGUGGCAGGACCAUUCGCGCUCCUGCAGUCCUCGAGAUCGAGUAA